CAGCCAAUCGGAUCCCUCCUGGCUGUGUUGACAUGGUGACAGAGGUCAGAGGGUUCACUGACCCACAGAAGGAGGAGUACUUCAGGAAGAGGUUCAGCGAUCAGGAGCAGGCCAGCAGAAUCAUCUCCCACAUCAAGACAUCACGAAGCCUCCACAUCAUGUGCCACAUCCCAGUCUUCUGCUGGAUCACUGCUACAGUUCUGGAGGAUGUGUUGAAGACCAGAGAGGGAGGAGAGCUGCCCAAGACCCUGACUGACUUGUACAUCCACUUCUUGGUGGUUCAGUCCAAACUGAAGAAGAUCAAGUAUGAUGGAGGAGCUGAGACAGAUCCACACUGGAGUCCAGAGACAAGGGAGAUGAUUGAGUCUCUGGGAAAACUGGCUUUUGAGCAGCUGCAGAAAGGCAACCUGAUCUUCUAUGAAUCAGACCUGACAGAGUGUGGCAUCGAUAUCAGAGCAGCCUCAGUGUACUCAGGAGUGUUCACACAGAUCUUUAAAGAGGAGAGAGGACUGUACCAGGACAUGGUCUUCAGCUUUGUCCAUCUGAGUGUUCAGGAGUUUCUGGCUGCUCUUCAUGUCCAUCUGACAUUCAUCAGCUCUGGAGUCAAUCUGCUGGCAGAAGAACAAUCAACCUCCCAGAAGUCUGAAACAAGAAAAUAUGAAUCUGCAGAGACACAGUUCUACCAGAGGGCUGUGGACAAGGCCUUACAGAGUCCAAAUGGACACCUUGACUUGUUCCUCCGCUUCCUCCUGGGACUUUCACUGCAGACCAAUCAGACUCUCCUACGAGGCCUGCUGACACAGACAGGAAGUAGCUCAAAAAACAAUCAGGAUAUAGUCCAGUACAUCAAGAAGAAAAUUGAGGACAACCCGCAUCCAGAGAGAACCAUCAAUCUGUUUCACUGUCUGAAUGAACUGAAUGAUCCUUCUCUUGUCGAUGAGAUCCAACAGUCCCUGAGUUCAGGAAGUCUCUCCACAGAUAAACUGUCUCCUGCUCAGUGGUCAGCUCUGGUCUUCAUCUUACUGUCAGAAAAAGAUCUGGACAUGUUUGACCUGAAGAAAUACUGUGCUUCAGAGGAGGCUCUUCUGAGGCUGCUGCCAGUGGUCAAAGCCUCCAACAAAGCUCUACUGAGUGGCUGUAACCUCUCAGAGAGAAGCUGUGAAGCUCUGUCCUCAGUUCUCAGCUCCCAGUCCUCCAGUCUGAGUGAGCUGGACCUGAGUGACAACAACCUCCAGGAUUCAGGAGUGAAGCUUCUGUCUGCUGGACUGAAGAGUCCACAUUGUAAACUGGAAACUCUCAGGCUGUCAGGCUGUCUGAUCACAGAGGAAGGUUGUGCUUCUCUGGCCUCAGCUCUGACCUCCAACCCCUCCCAUCUGAGAGAGCUGGACCUGAGCUACAAUCAUCCAGGAGACUCAGGAGUGAAGCUGCUGUCUGCUGCACCGGAGGAUCCACAGUGGAGACUGGACACUCUCAGGGUGGAGCCUGCUGGAGUCCAAUGGUUGAGACCAGGUCUGAGGAAGUAUUCCUGUGAACUCACAGUCGACACAAACACAGUGAACAGAAAGAUCAAACUGUGUGACAACAACAGGAAGAUGAUUCAUGUGAAGGAGGAUCAACCAUAUCCUGAUCAUCCAGACAGAUUUGCCCGGUGUUCUCAGCUGCUGUGUACAAAUGUUCUGACUGGUCGCUGUUACUGGGAGGUGGAGUGGAGUGGAGGGGUUUAUAUAGCAGUGAGUUACAGAGGAAUCAGGAGGAGUGGAAGUAGAGCUGAAUGCAGGUUUGGAGAGAAUGAUCAGUCCUGGAGGCUGAGUUGUUCUGAUGAUGGUUACAUUGUCUUUCACAAUAACAGAGGAACAUCUGUUUCCUCCUCCUCCUCCUCCUCCUCCUCUGUCUCUAACAGAGUAGCAGUGUAUGUGGACUGUCCUGCUGGCACUCUGUCCUUCUACAGAGUCUCCUCUGACACACUGAUCCACCUCCACACCUUCAACAGCACAUUCACUGAACCUCUUUAUCCUGGGUUCGCAGUCUGGCCUUCUGCCUCACUGUCCCUGUGUUCUCUGUAGGAAGGAGAGUCUCCUCCUGUUAGAGACACAUUCAGUAGAGUCUGUACAGGAUCACAGUUACUUAAAUCUUAUCUGUAUCUGCGUUUUAAUUGCUGUAUGGACAUUCCUCCUGUCGCUGCCUCUUCAGAAUCAGAAUCAGAAUCAGAUUUAUUGGCAGGUAGGUUUUUGCACAUACGAGGAAUUCGUCUUGGUGCAGUAGUGCUCUUGCCCAGGUCAUCAUUGUAAAGGAAUAAUUAUAUCUUUAAGUACCGUUGGUGCAACUGGAACUCAUUUUAGUUUCCAUAUUGCAACAAACUUUUACAUGGAACCACUAUGAAGCCUUUUAUCUUCAUCCGUCUGUAGUAAAACAUAAUAACAUUAAUGUCGGAUGUCACAUGCAAUAACAAUCACACACUGAGCCCAGCCUUACAGCAACACCUUCCCCAGAUCCUGCCUAACCGAUAGUAUACCUCUUCUUCUUCUGGAGCGUGCUGGGCUAGAGGCAGCUUGAAAGGCAGAGGUUUGGUGGCUGGAUCCUCGAAAAAGCCUACCUCCAUCGGGGAACUUGAGAAACAAAACAAAGGCGAAAUAAUAAACAAGUGCCUGAUGGAAAGGACGCUGGCAUCUUUUCUAACAGAGGAAGCUGUUUAAUGCUUAAUAAAGGCUUAGCAGUGGACAUCCAGACUAAUACCUCCUGCGACAGUCAUCAGUCUAUAUUAACGUUAACACCAGAAGUAACAGAUACAAUAAAUCUGUUUACCAAUAUUUUUUCAAACCUGAACGAGCCCCCACAUAUUGCAAACGUAACAUUACAUAAGUAGCUGAUGGUCGUAAUAGUGUUCAGUGUAGGUUGAGUCAUGUUAUAUAACUUAAAUCCUAAUACAAACGUAAUCAAUUUAAUUUGUUGGUCUAUGAAUUAGACAGUUGACUGGGAAAAAACAAAGGCUCUACUACUACUACAACAAUUGUCAAAAUCCAUUAAUAUGAUGUAUAUUAUUCUGAAACAGGCUGCACUUUCACUUUCAGUACACUAAGAAUGUUUCAAUGCCAUACUUUUCUACUUUUAAGAUUUUUAAUGCAGGACUUUUACAUGUUUUCACACUGGUAUUGCUUAUUUUACUACUACACCUUCUACUACUACUAACUACUUUUAGUAGUUAAUUUUGAUGUUGUAGUCGUGUUAUAAAUUAGGGAUGGGACAAUAUAUCACAUUAUCAAAUAUCAUGUUACUGAACUUGUUUUCUGCAGCUAUGAAAUAUUGCAAAAAUCAGAAGCUUCUUGUCUUCCAGAGAUCUCAAACCAUUAAUUCACAGCUUCAUUUUCUCCCGUCUAGAUUACUGUAACUCCCUCUACACGUGCCUCAGUCAAGCCUCGUUAAAUCGUUUACAGUUAGUACAAAAUGCAGCCACCAGAACCAGCCGUCGGUCCGAGAUUACUCCUGUUCUUGCAUCCCUCCAUUGGCUUCCAGUAAAUUUUAUUAUCAACUGUAAGAUCUUACUGAUUACAUAUAAGGCACUUCAUGACCUUGCCCCCAGUUACAUUUCUCCUUGUUCCUCAUUCCUCUCCUCAGCCACUUCGCUCCUCAAAUCUAGGCCUUUUUUUAAUUCCCCACUCUAACUGCAAAACUAAAGGUGACCUUUGCUGUUUUAGCUCCAACAUUAUGGAAUCAUCUUCCCCAAACACUCAGAUUAUCUGAGUAGAUGGACUGUUUUGAGCAGCUCCUUAAAACCCUCCCCUGUAGGUCUUAGAUAUAUAGAUCUCCUUGUUUCUUUACUUAUCUUUAGCCGUCUCUCUUUUAAUUUAUUCUUUCCCUGUUGCUUUAUCUUCCAUGUGUUUGUAUUUAUAUGUUCACUAUGUAUAUGAUUGGGGAUAUAUAUAUAUAUAUAUAUAAAUGUAUGUAUCCAGCAUACAGUCCUAUAUUGACUUCAUGAUUUAUUUUGAAUAAGGGGACAAGAGGGAGCCCACAUAUUUCCAGUCAUUCCAAAACCCUAAUCCUGUCACCAUGGCUGAAGGCUUGGUUUGCCCGUUGUAUCCCACAAAUAAAGGUUCAACUGGAUAUGUGGAAAUAGUGUAGAUUCCCAAAUAAAAAACAGGGAGAUGAGGUUCCUGUCUGUGAUAAAAUAAACAUGUGUUUCUCUACAAAAUGUAGGUAAAGUGAUUCCAGUAUGUUUUGAAGACAUUUUAAAAGUAUCAAGAAUAUUUUCAUGAUUAUUUUUAUAAUAUUGUGUAUUGCAGUUUGAAUGAAAUCAUUUUCAUAUUGUCCCAUGCCUCGUGUAAAUGAAUGUAAAUAUCUGCUUUCUUUGAGGAGGAAUGAGGUGGGAGGGGAACCGGCUGCUUUCUGACUCCUGAAGAGUUUAAAGAGUGACCAGGUUUUAGUUUCAAAACAGGAUUGAACCUAGACUGAACAUUUCUCUCAUUUGAUUCCAGGAUGACAAAUAGUAAAAAGUAGAUUAAACAAAAUGUAGGUCAGCAUCUAACUCCAUGAAUAUAAAUAUACUGAGAUAUAUAUACAGUAUGUACAGUGUGAUAUGUUUGAUAUAAAACACUUCUAGUUUCUCUUUUAACCACCAGAGCGGGCCAAAGCUCUCCAUGACAAGUGUAUCCAGUCCUGUCUGCAGUCUGGAGUGUUAGCAGCAGAAUUUAUGAAUAAAGAGCACUGUGAGUUA